UUUGUCUUAACAAAAAAAUCAAUAUUUUGAAAUAACUGUGUUUUUCGAAUAAAAUGUUAUUAAAGUUCCUACCCUCCCCCCUGAAAAAGAUGAUCACAUGUGACUAUUUCACGUGUUGGUGCUUAGCCAAUCAAAUCAAUCAAAGUAGAAAUUUUCGCGCCAAAUUUCAUUCUUCGCGGGAAGAAGUAAAAGGACAAGAAGGUCUCACUUUGUGGAUCCACAAUUAUCCUCGAAAAAUGUCAGGUUUUGACCAAGGAGAAAUAUUCGUUAGUGAUCCUUUUGGGUCAGAAGACCAGCAAGAUGAGAGAGACGUGAACAGAAUCUCCGCGAGAAAGAAAUUCAAGGAGUUCUUGAGAGAAUUCCACGAGGGAACUUUCGCUUACAAGUAUCGCGACCAGCUCAAACAGCAUUACAACCUUGGAAAGUAUUGUCUAGAGGUUGAUCUUGAGGACCUCAGUAGCUAUGAUGAAACACUUGCAGAUAGACUGAAUAARAAUCCUGCAGAAUUUCUUCCUCUGUUUGAGGAGGCAGCAAAGGAGGUCGCAGAUGAAGUGACACACCCUCGUCCUGAUGGCGAAGAAGAAAUCCAAGAUAUUCAGAUCAUGUUAAGAUCUGGGUCAAACCCUCUUCAAGUCAGAGACUUAAGGUCUGAGCACAUGGCAAAGUUGGUCAAAAUCCCUGGCAUAAUCAUCAGUGCAUCUGCGAUUCGUGCAAAGGCAACUAGUAUUUCUAUUCAAUGCAGAUCCUGUAAGAAUACUAUUUCCAAUAUUCCACUUAAACCAGGACUUGAAGGAUAUGCUAUGCCUCGGAGAUGCCCAAGCGAUCAGACAGGAAGGUUGCCCUGCCCAUUGGAUCCAUUCUACAUUAUGCCGGACAAGUGCAAAUGUGUCGACUUCCAGGUAUUAAAACUCCAGGAGUCUCCUGAYGCCGUACCSAAUGGUGAAAUGCCAAGGCACAUGCAGUUGUACUGUGACAGAUACUUCACAGAAAAGGUAGUCCCAGGCAACAGAGUGACAGUAAUUGGGAUAUACUCCAUCAAAAAAGUGAUGCAAAAAUCUAGUAAGUCCAAUGACAGUGUAGGUGUCGGCAUAAGGAAACCCUACCUCAGGGUCGUCGGUAUCACGGUAGACACAGAUGGUUCAGGACGUAGCACAGGUGGUGCUUCAGUGACAUCAGAAGAGGAGGAAGAGUUCAGAAGACUUGCGAAGAGACUUGAUGUGUUYGAUGUCAUUGCGAAGAGUAUUGCACCUUCCAUUUAUGGCUCUGAAGACAUCAAAAAGUGUAUUGCUUGUCUGCUCUUUGGAGGGUCCAGGAAAAGGCUUCCUGAUGGCUUGACUAGGAGAGGGGAUAUCAAUGUAUUGCUCCUCGGUGACCCUGGAACAGCAAAGAGUCAGCUCUUAAAAUUUGUUGAAAAAGUUUCUCCAAUUGGUGUUUAYACAUCUGGUAAAGGCAGCAGUGCUGCUGGUCUAACUGCAUCAGUAAUGAAAGAUCCYGUCUCAAGGAACUUUGUGAUGGAGGGCGGAGCCAUGGUUUUGGCCGAUGGGGGAGUUGUUUGCAUUGAUGARUUUGACAAGAUGAGGGAAGAUGAUCGUGUGGCAAUCCAUGAAGCCAUGGAACAACAAACUAUUUCAAUUGCUAAAGCUGGCAUAACUACCACCCUUAACUCAAGAUGUGCAGUACUUGCAGCUGCAAACUCAGUAUUUGGGAGGUGGGAUGACACAAAAGGAGAUGAGAAUAUUGACUUCAUGCCAACAAUUCUAUCCCGUUUUGACACAAUUUUCAUCGUUAAAGAUGAGCACAACCAAGCCAAAGAUAUGCAUCUUGCCAAGCAUGUUAUGCAAGUACACUUGAAUGCAGCUCAGACAACACAAGCACAAGAGGGAGAACUGAGCUUGAACUUCUUGAAGAAGUACAUCACAUACUGCCGACUGAAAUGUGGACCACGUCUUUCCGAGGCUGCAGCAGAUAAGUUAAAAAAYCGUUAUGUGCUGAUGAGAAGUGGAGCAAGAGAGCACGAGAGAGAUACWGAGAAAAAGAUUAAUAUACCAAUCACUGUCAGGCAGUUGGAGGCUAUAAUCCGCAUAUCUGAAUCUCUAGCCAAGAUGAGCUUAGAGCCGUUUGCUACUGAAGCUCAUGUUGAUGAAGCUCUAAGGCUGUUUCAGGUGUCAACCCUGGAUGCUGCUAUGUCAGGAAGUCUUGCAGGUUUCUGAGCAAAGGAUAAUUGGUGAUUUUCUGAAACAGAACUACUCCCAGCGUGCUAUCCAAAUGGUUCUCUAUCUCAUGUUACGUAGAGGUGAAGUUGAACACAGACUACAGCGCAAGGUCCUUUAUCGUGUACGAUGAUCAUUCAAGGUUACCACGUUGGUCAAGUAGCACUCAGUGCUUAGUGCAAAACYGGAUAUGGUACUAAACCAUCUUGCAAAUAACUAUGUCUGAUGUUUAGAGAGAGCUUAAAGAAAUUAWAUUUCUAGUAGCAUAUUGCGUUUGCUUGCUUCCUUCAAAAUUCAUGGCCAAGUCCAUGAUAAAAGUAAUAAGUUUGUGCCUUGUUUGAUAUUGGAAUUUAACAAACUUGACCUUCUUUGCUUCACUCUGUGUUUUGAGGUAACGCCAAGAAUAUGAUCAUAAAGACCCCAGGAAUUCUUGCAUUUUUGUGCAAUUUUGGACAUAAAAUAGCAAAUUUUGAAGCAGCUCAAGAUAAAUAAUAUUCGUGUACAGCUCUAUCUGUCUAGUACUGUUAUUGAGCAAGAAAAUGUCUGGUUAUAAUAUUAAAGUUGCCCUUUUUGCAGAUGAGAUUCACUGUAUUACCAUACUUAAGCACUUGGCAAGCCUUUAUGUAUAUUUGUGAAUAAAAUCCUGAGUAAAUAGCAAGAUUUUGGUUAUCAA